GCAACAGUGUUUGAAAUGUGUUUAACUCUUGAUUGUAAGGAGUCUAGCUGUGAGAAGCUGUGUUGCAAAACUGGUGAUGAGAUGUCAUUUGCUUUGAGCCUAAGAGACGGAUUAGAGUAUUUUACAAGUCGUGAGAAGCUAGGAACUGUGGAGGAGUGGAGAUAUUUAUGGAUCCAAUGUCAGAAACUACUAAAAACAAGUAGACAGGUACCUGAACUAAAAUUUCAAAUUAAUGAUGCUGAGGAGAAGGAUUCAUGGCUCAGUGCCCUGAAUGAAGCCAUUGGAGAAGCAAAUAAUAAAGAGUUUGAUCAGGUUAUAGUGGAUGAAAAGUGUUCUCUGGAUCACUUAACACGUAACAGAGCAAAAAUAAACCACACCCGAAGACCACCAACCAGACAACAUCGGAAAGAAGUAGCCAGUGCUGUGUCCAGUGGAAUACAGAGACUAGAACUUGGAGCGCAGACUCUUAUUAUUGAAGAAUCGACAGAUGAAGCACAAUUGAAGGAAAAAGCCAGCAACCAAGUCAACAAGAACAGGCCUGUCCUUAUGCCCAAAGCCAGACCCACCAAUGCAAAAAGGAAUGAUGGAUUAAAAAUGAAGGAAGAAGGUCCAGUGACUGAGGAGGGAGAAGAACCAUCAACCCAGGAGACAUUGGACCAAGCUGGAGAGGCCCCACUGGCCGAGGAGGGAGCGGGCCCGCCGGCCGAGGAGGGAGCGGGCCCGCCGGCCGAGGAGGGAGCGGGCCCGCCGGCCGAGGAGGGAGCGGGCCCGCCGGCCGAGGAGGGAGAGGGCCCGCCGGCCGAGGAGGGAGAGGGCCCGCCGGCCGAGGAGGGAGAGGGCCCGCCGGCCGAGGAGGGAGCGGGCCCGCCGGCCGAGGAGGGAGAGGGCCCGCCGGCCGAGGAGGGAGAGGGCCCGCCGGCCGAGGAGGGACAGGGCCCACUGGCCGAGAAGAGAGAAAGUGGAAAACUGUCUUGUACGAGAGUAUCAGUUUCUGAUCUCCUCAAAAAUGAAGGUGAAUCUGAUUUUCAAACAAGAGCAUCUGCAGAUACAAGUGAAAUGGAGAAACAACGAUCUGAAACCAACAGUAAUAGUUUACUAAACAGGACAAAUCUAUCUUGGGUGAAAUGUGCUUCCUUGGGAGAUAUCUUAUCAGAAUCCAAGCAACAAAAGAUAAGGAAACAAUUUGAUACUUAUGGCAAUCUAAAGAACACACAAGUGGAAAAAAUGGAAAGUGGUAUAGCUUUUGAGAUAACAGCAACAAAGGAACUCCUCCAGCAAGUGACAAGGAAGGAAACGGCUGUUGACCAACCUCUUCAGAGCAACACCAGCCAAGACAGUUGGUCAACCAGGAGUGCGGCACGUUUGUUGAACGAUGCUAUGGCUAAAUGGUCAGAAGCAGACAAAGUCUUGCAAGAACUUAAAGAUUUAAAGGAGUUGUACAAGAAACCCGAAACUCUCACUUCAGAGGAAAGAGAAAGACGUAAAAAUUUGUUGACUUUCUACAGGAGGAGUGUGCCUUAGCCUGAUUUUGUGAUUCAAACUGGGUGCUUGGUAAGUUGCAAUAUGGGUAUUUUAGACCAGGUCUCCUGAAUUCUACUAAAUUUCUUUGGAGAGAUGGGGAGGAGUUCAUUUUUUGUGUUAAAGUGGACAUUUUGCACAGAUGGCUGGGAUGCUUCACAAUGAAGGAACAGAUUUUUUCUUUAAAAAGCAGUUUUUGGGUGGAGCUGUAAAUUUGCAAUUCCACACUGCUGUCCUAGUCAGUUGCAAGCUCGGCAGUUCUUGAAAUUCAGAUGUUUUGCACAUGCCCAGUAUUCACCUUUUAGCUAAUGAGCUUCCUCCUGUUUCCUGUUCCUGUCUCGCUUUGAGCCAGUUAUUUUCAAGCCUCUGACUUUCUUGCUGUAUUUAAGCCAUCAAUUCAAGUGAUCACAGGGGAAAUAAACUUUGUACUAUAUACAACAAACUGGUUAACAGUUUAUUAUAGAUUGUUGCAGUAGUUAUUGAAACUGAUGUUGUCAGGUCAGUGAGAGAGAAUGUUGGUGCUUGUCUUGUGAAGGGGACAGUUAGCAAUGUCUAGACUUGACCACAAUUAAAAGGAAAUUAAGUGCGACAUUCUGUAGUCAUUGAAAUGUGAAUGUAGCAUCCACUGAUUUAUUUUUAACCAGUCAGUAUUUGAGUUACCAUAAAUAUUCACUGCCUUUAGAUUAACUGCAUUGUCCAGAUACAAUGUUUGUACUUCUGUGAACUCAUGUUAAAAUACUUUUUACUACCAGUAUUAAUAUUUAUGCAAAAAAACUAAUAUGACUUUGCCUUAGUAUAUACCCAGUGGAAUGUUUUUUUUAUAUAUCCUGCCUAUUAACCCAGGCUUAUUGCUUUAUUUAUACUUUAACCAUGUUUAUAUUUUUCUGUAACAAGGUAUUCAUGCCAUUGAAUAGCAUGAAGCACUUCACAAUAAAAUGACAUUCUAUU